AUAUUGCAUUUGACAUCAGUACUCAACAAACUGCUCGUGUUUGUGGCCCACAAAAACAAUGUUAUGAUACUACAACAAGUGUUUGUCUGGAUUAUAACAAUGGUACAGUAUGUACAAUCGGAAGUCAACUGUGUUCUGGGGCAUGUUACAAUCCACAAUCGCAGUAUUGCACGGGUGGCAACAAUACUAUCUACUGCCAGAGCAAUCCUUCAUCAUCUCUGUGCUCUGUUACGUCCACAACAACAACACUAACAACAACAGUAGCUUCCAGUACUUGUUGUCCAGUUCAAAAUUGUACAACAAAUUCCGAUUGUUGUCAACCUGCUCCGCUUGAGUGCCAGUGUUAUCGACAUAACGCAACUGACAUUUAUGGUUCAUGCGCUAAUCCUAAUAUUACACCAAUAUGUGGUACCAGUUGUCCAGUACAAAGUAAAUGUAAACAAGAUUUAGAUUGUUGCAAAUGUCAAUGUGCAGACAUAACAUUUACCGAUUCAAAUGGGCAAAUAGCUACAAACAAACAAUGUGUACGACGUUAG